CUUUGUUUUUUGUUGUUGUUGUUGGAUUCAUAGAUGCGAUUUUGGUUAUAUUUUUCUGUUUAAAUUAAUUGAUAUGGUUAAAUUUCAGGUCUAUUUUCUUAAUUUUGUUUUUGUAUUUUUGUGAGGGUUAAUUUUUCUUAAAUUUUUGAGUUUGUGUUGUUAGAUAGAAUUUUCAGAAUAUCGAGAAUAUCAAAACUGGAGAAAUCUUAAAUUUGUGAAGAUGGAGUUUGUUUUUAUCUGUGUUUGCGACUUUUAUGCGGAUUUGCUUCUGUCUCUGGAUUGUGCUAGUUGAAAAAGAAUUUAUUUCACUCUGGCCGCUAUAACAGAUUCGAACAAUUCUCGCACCUCUAAGAGGGUGUGGGGUGAUGAAGGAGGAGUGAUCUGGCUUUACGUUUUACGUAGAACAAAGGCAUCAGAUAUAUGGAGAUUGUGCCGUGUUUCGGUUGGUUUGUCCGUUGAUUAUGGCUAAGGGUGGCUUUUGAUUUUUCCCUCAGAAGGCCUCUCUAGUUUUGAACAAUAGCAGUGUAUUUAAGGUUUUUUUUAUUAGGCUUUCUGGAAAACUGAUGAACGGUAUAGAUUAUUGUUGGCAGUGGUUUUUCUGCCUUAAAAGAAGUUUUAUGUUUAGGUGUAGCUUUCAACAUCGUUGCAGCGAUGUUUAAAUUUUCUUGUUUUCAUGUUAAUGUCCAAGGCAACAAGACAAAGAAAAUAACUCAACCUUCUACUGAAACAAUGGCAAGAGUUUUGCGAGAAAGUUCCAAAAUUCCAGUCAGGAAAGAUCCGUCUACCCCUACGAACUUAGGUUCAUUACUUUCAAAACAGCAAUCAAGUAAGCUAAUGAAUGUCGCCGAGAAUGAUAUUCUCAACCAGGAUUCAGUUGAGCACGUUGGUAAGUUAGAGGAUCUCAAUAAGAAGUUUUGCGUUGAAUUUGACGGAAAAGUUCGCCAAACUGAGCGUCUUAGGAAAAGUCAGUCGGAAAGUGUGCUUUGCCAAGUCAUAACUGAGGGUGAUCAAGUUCUGGAGUUUUCCAAAAGCCUCAAUGACUCACCAAAUUCAAGUGGCAGCCCUAGUGAUGAAUUUAAAACAAAUUCAAACUCUGAGUUUCAAGUUAUUCCUGGUCGUGACAAUGAUGGCUCAAGUUUUUCAGUUGGAGAUCCGACACAUUUGGAUAUGGAUGCUCAUGAAAUUUCUGAUACUCCAUUAUCUGGCGAUCUUGCUGGCGAUUCUGCUGAAAAUACUUCUGGUCCCAGUUCACCAACUUUAAGGAAGUCGCAUUCCUUACCCAAUUUCAAAGCUCCUACACUUUCAUAUGGAAGUAUUUGUGUUUUUAAACAUGCAUCAUCAAUGUCAAGAUCUUCGGACGAUCUUUGUGCUUUAGGCCUGAGGAACGUGUCUUCUGAUCAAAUAAGGAAAGGAAAAGAAUGUAGCAUGAAAAAAACUGAAGAUUUUCGUAUGGACAGAUACUUUGAGGAUAGUUUUGAUUCUCAUCUGCUUUCUCACUUACCAAAGGACCGGAUAAUGCCAAUUACAGACGAUAUAAGUGAUGUUGAACCCUUUCAAGGAGAUUCCUCGGCUGAAUUUCCUAACAAGGAUUUUAAAGUUAAGCGGAUUGAGGAUUGGGUAAUCGGUCUGCAGCAAUGUGCACCACCUCUAGAGGAUAUAGCCGAAUUGCCUGAACCUGUUGAUCUUAUAGCUGAUGUUAACACCGCAAUUGCCGCUACUCCUGUUGUGGACCAUAAGAUCUCCCCAGGAAUGGAAGCUGCUAAAAGAUAUAUUUCGUCUUUAACUGCCAAUGCCUCUGCAGCUCAGCUGGCAAGUCAUGGGUUGGUUGCGAUCCCCUUUUUGAGUGCAUUUGUGAGUUUGAAGGUGCUCAAUUUAUCUGGAAACGGGAUCGUAAAGAUAACUGCUGGUGCGCUUCCUCGAGGACUUCACACUUUGAACUUGUCAAAAAACAAUAUCUCCACUAUAGAGGGCUUACGUGAACUUACUCGGCUUCGUGUCCUAGACCUCAGCUACAACCGUAUACUAAGAAUUGGACAUGGUCUGGCAUCUUGUUCUUCUCUAAAGGAGCUGUACCUGGCUGGAAACAAGAUCGGUGAAGUUGAGGGUUUGCACCGCCUAUUGAAAAUAAGUAUCUUGGAUCUCCGCUUUAACAAGAUUUCGACCGCUAAAUGUCUUGGACAACUUGCAGCCAACUAUAACUCUUUGCUAGCUAUCAACUUGGAAGGGAACCCUUGCCAGAAAAACGUUGGAGAUGAACAGAUUAAGAAAUACCUGCAAGGCCUUCUUCCUCAUCUUGUCUACUACAAUCGGCAGCCCUUCAAAGCGAACGGUUUGAAGGACAGUGCAGAUCGUGCAGUUCGACUAGGAAUGAGCUCACAACAGUUUGAUCGCGGUCUUAGAGUGGAUCGCAAAACUACAAGGAAGGUGCCAUCAUCUACUCGGAGGCCAUCCUCCGGGUCCUCACCAAAACAUUCCAAAGGAAAGCAGGGCCACCUCCCACCUAUGGGGACAAAACCAUCAUCCCAAAGUCGCCAUCAUUUGGAUUCUUUUGACAAAGCGUUGAGCUUGAAGUCACGGAACUUAAUGCGCAAGAGUCGCAGCGAGGGAACUCUUGGAGCUUUCUAAGAGGUUAUUGCAUUGCAGGUUGAUUCAGUUACUGCCAUCUGUUUCAGUAUGAGUCUAUUUACAUUGGUUUUUCGAAUUUAUUUCAUGUUUUGUUUCAGUCAUUUUGUCAACCCUUUGAUUGUGGGUUGUACUUAGUUCCUCAAUAAGUGGCUUUAUGCUUCAGUACUUUCUAUUUCGUUAUUGUUUUUGUGUUAAUUAAGUUGUUUGAAACAUCAUUGUCAAUUUGUGGUGAUUACUUAUUAGUUGCAUUUGUGAUUUUUGUUUA